CACUUUGCCCACUUUAAUUGAUUGUUAUCGUGGUGGAGUCGAGUGGAAUGGAAUGAAGUGAUGUACAGGUGGAGUGGUAGCAAGGACAGGGGCCAUUAGCAGUGGCAAACAAAAUAAACUGAUACCGGGUCACGAGUCCUUUUGCCUGACUGCCGGCGCAUGAUGAUUAUUAUUUCAGUCCAUUGUUUUUUGUCCCCGUACUCACUCCACCAACGUUUUGGUUAUUAUUGUUAUUGUACUAGUGGUUUUGCCAUUUCAAGCAUCUUUGGCUUGUCAUGCGAGAUACGUAGAAAGUUGAAUGCUGAAUGCUGAAUGCUGAAUGCUGACAACGGGGACAUAACAAUGGUAAAAUGUAUUUUUUAAUUGUACUCCCGAGUAAAAACAUAUAUCAAACCAAAACACAGCAGCUACAGGAUGAAAACAACAAAAAACAAAAAAAAAACAAAAACAAAACAAGAACCAUGAACUCUCCAAACUCUCGACUCUCAAGCGGAAAUGGCAGACCAAAGACAACAACAAGAAUAGCAAUAAUAAUAACAAGUACAUCUAGCAAUGGCAAUGGCAGCUCCCGACCAGCUUCAGAUACACUAAGAGAAAAGUGGGUGGACUUAAGUGGGAAUAAAACGUCUUUUAAAUCUUUAAAAAUAUAUUUGCCUUUAAUGACAGACUUCAGCUUACUGCCAAUAUUUUAUUGAUAGAUCCCUUGAGGUAUGUCCCAAAAUCACGGAAAAGAAACCUUUUCUUUAUUAAAAUUUGUUUUCUAAAAAUAGAAAAUAAUUAUUCCCUGGGAGAUAUGCCAACCAAAAUAAUGAAGACAAUAAAGAUAACUUCACAGCCAUCAAUCAUGCCAAUCCGAUCAGUGUCAUGUGCAUAUUUUUGGUUAAAAACCCGAAGACACCCCUAGUUUUUCUCCCCAUGUAGCUGCCUCACAAAUGUGAGCUCUGGGAACGGAGGCAUCGUCAGGGGCAGAGGCAGCCUCAAGUGGCGCUUAAUGAAAGCGCAACAGACAACGGCAGGACCACAGGAACACGACCACACGACAACUGAGCGGGACAGGAUCUGGGGGGGGCGGAGCUAGGAAUCUAGGGGGACAAGCAGGAGGAAGAGACGAGAAGAGGCAGGACAACUAAAUAGGCGAACCGCAAAAACUCAUCGUCAAGGAGCGAAAGAUACGGCCAGCGGGACAAAAUGGGGGAAAAAUAGAUGGGGAAUCCAACUAUGCAGCAAUAAUAAAAUUCACGGGAAUUGAGAUGAAAGCACCGAGCUAGCACAGUCCGUAGAAGGACCUCAAGCCGAUGCCGGAUUCGGAUCCGUACACAGACCUUCGUCCGCCGUUCUGUGUCCUCCGGAAAAGGAGCCGCUCGAACUGUGGCUGGGGCUGUCACUUAGCGCGUGACAUGUGUCAAAACAAGCGGCAACCACAGCGAGACCGUGACCAGAAGCUCUGAGCCUGCUGCACAAGUGCAUCUCUGGCUGUGUUCUGGGAGUGCUGUUAAUAUCCUCCCACAGGAGUAGUGAAAUGGAUUUUGGGGGCGGGAGAAAGCCUGAAAAUCGAGGCGGUGGCGCACUCAGUGUGGGAGUUGCCCGAGCGGAAGAAGCCUAAACCAAAAGGAGAUUGACUUUAAAAUUAGAAAACAGGCCAAUACUCGUAGGAAAACAAGAGCCUUGAAGAAUGAAGGAGCUUCAAAAACUAAUCCUUAAAAACUUGUCAUGGAAAAAGGAGAAAUAAUAUUCCUGAAUGCAUUUUGAAAGGAAUAUUUUCAUAUUGGUUUUUCAAUUUAGCUUUCCAGGAUGUCAUUCAAUUUUCCAACUCUUUUAAAACAGUCACCAAAUCAAAUCCUCUUUGCUCACCAUUGUUUCGUUCUAAAAGGCACUAUAGGUUCGUUAUUUUUUCAACGUUAGUAUAGAACAAAGUUGAGAGAACAAAACUAGUUAUUCAUUUAUGCAAUAGCUUUAAAAGCUGCCGCUCCUGAGUGGAGGAGAUAGCGUUCCUUGUUUGUUAAAUAUUUCCAUUGCAUGUGCAGCAAACAUUUCUCUGGCUCUCUCUCGAAUUGGACACCCAACCACAUGGAGUUCAAAUAUCCUGAAGGGAUUCGCAGUUCAAGGAUCGCUAGCGGGGAGUUAUCGUUUGCGUGAUUUACACUCCCAAUUGCAUGGCAAUUACAAGUCCAUUAACAUUGCCAUUAACCCUUCGAGUGCCCUCCUCCAACAGAGAGAAGAACACAGAGUAAGAGAUGGAGUGCAGCACAAUGGAUACAAUGGCCAGUGGCGAUUAAUGGUCAAGCAGGCGAGAGCUAUUUAUGGCCCAGGAAGAACCCAUAUUACUUUGACAAGGACAAACUGUUGCCUGCCUCUUUGGAAAUCUUCACCCAUACUUCAACCUUUACCAACUCCCUCCCACACACACACACACAGUUUUGUGUUGUAAAUAAUCACAAAACUCAGUCGCUCCCCAAGAUAGUGUCUCUUCGGGUGGCACCCACCCCCUCGUAUCCUUCCGGUUUGUGUUUGUCAAAUAAGCAGCUUUCCUCAAGUGCCAAGUACCAUUGACAGCAACCCGGAGAACUCCUUCGAG